AUGGUUAUCUCUUUGUAUGUUAGAAAUAUUUUCUUUGAGGAGGUCAUUCCUGUUUAUAAGGAAAUGUUGAGUAAGAAUGUUCAAACAACUGAUUUUACCUAUCCAUCUGUUCUCAAGGCUUGCGGGGAGUUAUUAGAUUGUGAUACCAUGGUGGAGGUUCAUAAGUCUAUUCUAGAUAGUUCUAUUAAGUGGAGUUUGUUUAUGCAUAAUGCGUUGGUAUUUACGUAUGGUAGGUUUGGGAAGCUUGAUGUUGCUCGUCACUUGUUUGAUAAUAUGUCUGUUAGAGAUGAUGUUUCUUGGAACACUAUAAUAAGUUGUUAUGCCUCUAGGGGUAUAUGGAAGGAAGCAUUUCGGCCUUUUGGAUGCAUGCAAGAGGAGGGUAUUGAAAUGAAUGUUAUUAUAUGGAAUACCAUUUCAGGGGCAUUGUUUGCUUCUUCGGAAAAAAAAACUUUUGCUGGAGCAGUUUUGGAGUGGAUGCCCAGUGGUCCUAAAGUUGCAGCUGUAUAUGAUAGAAAAGCUGAAAAUGAAUGCCCUUCCAUUGUUUACUUUGAGAGGAAUGGAUUGGAAAGAAUCAAGUUUAGUGUUGGUGAAGGAGUUAAUGCAAAAGUAAAAUUUCUGAAGUGGAAUUGCAGUUCUGAUCUUCUUGCGGGUGUUGUAGAAUGUGAAAAUUAUGAUGCUAUAAAGAUAUGGUAUUUUAGCAACAAUCAUUGGUACGUGAAGCAUGAAAUUAGAUACUUGAAGCAAGAUGAAGUCAGGUUCAUAUGGAAUCAAGAAAAACCCUUUGCAGUUGAUUUGUUGGACUCCUGGUGGUCCUUUUCUUUCCAAUUUGAAGAAUUUUGA